AUGGUGGUUGAAACCACAGGUAACCACGUAUCUGGCCUGAGAUCUUCGUUCGACCGCCACGGUGGAAAGGACAAGGCAGAGACCGCCGAGGUCACAAGGGCAUGUGAUGCUGAAGAGUCGUCUGAGGACGAGCGCCAGGGCGGCGGUGUUUCCAGGAAGAUGAUAAGAAUCGCUUACGCUGUGAUUCUCAUCACUUCGCUGGUUGAGUCGUUUGCUCAGGACUCUACGAGUGAUCUUGCCGCCUAUGUCACCUCGUCCUUCAACGCACACUCGAUGAUAUCCACCGCCCAGAUCGUGUAUAAGAUCACGGCAGUUUGCGCUUAUCCAAUCCUCGGUAAAGUUGCUGACCUGCUUGGACGUGGUGAAGGCUUCUGCCUCACCAUGAUCAUGUACACGCUGUGCUACGUUCUGUUUGCAACGUGUAAGAGGAUUGGUGAGUAUUUUGCUGGCCAGGUGUUCUUUGCCAUCGGCAGAAUUGGUUUCAAGACUUACCUGUACAUCUUCAUUGCAGACACGACAAGCUUGAUCAACAGAGGGUUCUGGACCCAGUUCCCGGCUGCGAUCACUGGUAUUCCAUCGACCUACGCGGGGUCCCAUAUCCAGGACGCCUUUCUGGACCAUUCGACGUGGAGAUGGGCGUAUGGUACCUUUGCCAUUAUCUUAGCAGGUUUCAUUGCACCCUUAUCCUGUGUGAUGUUCUAUGUCGACCAUGUGCAGAGAAAGAACGGCAAACGUAGAAAGCCAACGAUACUGAUGAACCUGCCUGAAGGCUCACUGAUGCAGAAGCUGAAAAAGAUCUUCUUGUUAGAUCUGGACCUCAUUGGUGGCUUUCUCUUGCUUGCUGGUACCAUCCUGUUUUUUGUUCCAUUCACAAUCACCGGUAAAACAUCGCCUAAGAAAUGGAACCAAGGAAGUACCAUUGCGAUGCUGAUCAUCGGGUUCAUCCUCCUCGUGUUGUUUGUUCUUUGGUGUGCCUUUCCUAAGAGAUUACCUUGGUUGCAAACGAGACAACCUUUCAUUCCUAUCCAAGCUUUUACCAACAUGACUGUUCUCAUUGCCUUUCUGAUGGUUGCCUUGGACUACUGCGAAAAUGCAGCAUUCAACGUUUACUUCUCAACGGUUUUACAGGUUGGUGGGUAUUACACUGCUGGUCAAGCUGCGCGUAUUAACGAUGCAAAGAAGACGUCGAUUGAUAUUGCUUCGAUUCUCACUGGGUUGAUGAUGAAAUACACGAAGCGAACAAAGAUUUUUGUUCUCACUGGUGUCCCACUGCUCGUUCUUGGACAUGGAUUGCUCGUGUGGUUCAUCGAUAGGGACGGCGUGAUGGAAGAAAACACCGUUUUGCUGUAUGUGAUGGAGAUAUUCUGUGGUGUAGGUCGUGCUCUCUACAUGACCGCACUUCAAGUGACCAUUCAAGCAAUAGCAGGUGCCACCAGUGUUGCAAUGUCCACUGCCUUCUUUCUGGCCUUCACUUCGGUGGGAACACUCAUCGGAACAGCCAUCUCAGGUGUCAUUUGGAACAACGUUGCCAUUGAUAAGUUACACGAUCACCUUCCAGAUGAGCUGCAAAAGAAUGCCACGAUGAUCUUCAAGAACUUCAAGCUGGCGCUGAAGAUGGAGGAGGGAACACCGGGAAGAUUGGCAGUGUCCCUGGCUUACAGAGAGACGUUACAGAUCAUUGGAUGGUUUGCACUAGCAGUUAUAAUCCCAAUGCUCGGGCUGAUGUUCUUUGUCAGGGAAGUGGAACUCACUGACAAGCACGACAUUUAUGGCUCAGAUCAAGAGACGUUGAGCUCCAACUCCAAGUUCAUUGACGAUUCUGUUCUCAACAAGGAAAAGCGCACAUGGUCGAACUGGUGGAGAGUCUGA